AUGGACACUGGAGCCUCAGCAACGCUGCAGCGAGCUACCGAGGAAGCGGCAAUGUCGAAGGAUGUCCUAGCUACUCAAAAGGCACACUACUCGCCGCCCUGGGCGAACAUGAGCAUCGUUGGCGUUGCUGGCUCUUCGGGUUCGGGCAAGACUUCCCUGGCUAUUGAGAUUGUCAAGGCGUUGGACUUACCAUGGGUCAUCAUCAUGUCUAUUGAUUCAUUUUACAAGUCUCUGAAUGAAGAGCAAAAUCGGCUGGCUCAUCUCAACGAGUACGAUCUGGAUUCUCCUGCAUCCAUAGAUUUCGACAAGCUAUAUGAAUGUCUGAAAGACCUCAAGCAAGGUAAGAGGGUCGACAUUCCUGUAUACUCAUUUCCAUUGCAUCAGCGGCUGGACGAAACCGUUUCAUUAUACUCGCCCCAUGUUGUCAUACUGGAAGGAAAUCUGGCUCUGAACGAUCAGCGAAUACUGGCCAUGUUGGAUAUGAAGAUCUUUGUGGAGGCUGACUUGGAUGUCUGCUUGUCUAGAAGACUAGUGAGGGACGUACGGGACCGAGGCAGAGAUAUCGAGGGCAUCAUUAAACAGUGGUUCGACUGGGUCAAGCCAGUGUUUUUGAAAUACAUCGAACCUCAGAAAGAAAUUGCUGACUUGAUCGUGCCGCGAGGCAUGCAAAACAAAAUGGCCAUCGCCAUGAUAACCAAUCAACUACGACAAAUGCUGAAGGACAAGUCCAUACGACACAACGCCGAACUGGAGCGCUUGGGACAAGGAGUAGAAGACACCGAGCUCGGGGAGAAUUUUACGCUGCUCGAGCACAAGCCACAGAUACGCGGUAUUGGCACCAUCUUACGCAACCUAGCCACUUCCCAAGAAGAUUUCGUCUUCUAUUUCAACCGUCUCGCUGCAAUCUUGAUCGAGAAAGCCCUCGACUUUCACGAAUACCUGCCCGCCAAGGUCACAACGCCUGCCCAGACACACUACACUGGCGUCAGAUCCGCUGGUAUAAUUUCAGCUGUUGCCAUCCUUCGCGGGGGUAGCUGCCUCGAGACAGGACUUAAACGCACGAUACCAGACUGUCUGACCGGCCGAAUGCUUAUUCAGUCCAAUCUGCGGACCGCUGAGCCAGAGCUGCACUACCUUAAGCUCUUUCCCGACAUUGCCCAACACAAGACUGUCAUCCUGAUGGACUCUCAGAUGUCUAGUGGCGGCGCUGCUUUGAUGGCAGUCAAGAUCCUGGUCGACCACGGCGUGGCGGAAGGAAAGAUUGUCUUUGUGACGUGUCUGGCGGGCAAGCGAGGGCUUAAGCGGCUGCUAAGCGUUUUCCCGCAGAUACAGGUUGUAACAGCAAACCUGGUUGACGAUUACGAGAAGCGAUGGAUCGAAGAAAGAUACUUUGGGUGCUAG